CGAAUAGAAAAGGGAGCUUUUGAACAAAAGCAACAUGGAGCUUCCAAGAAGGUUUUUACCWUUUCUCUUACUAGUAUAUUCUUCUAUGACAGGGAUGUUCAAGAUCGCCUAUGGAUCCUACGAACAAGAAGCGCUCACACGUCACAACUACUUUCGUCGAGCGCACAGUGCCCCCAUGAUGACCCUGAACUCUGACAUGAGUCGCUCUGCGCAGGCGUACGCCGAGAAGUURGCGCGUAGAGGGUCAUUGUCUCACUCGAGUUCGAGUGAACGUCCUGGUCAGGGAGAAAAUCUUGCCAUGACUUGCGGUAGGCAAUUUACAGGAGCAACAGCAGUUGAUAUGUGGUACAAAGAAGUUUGUAAAUACGACUUUAGAAACCCAAGAUAUAUAAGUGGUACUGGCCACUUUACCCAGAUUGUCUGGAAAGGAAGUACUGAGCUUGGUAUUGGUGUUGCCUCAAAAGACGGACGAUAUGGAAAGUGCUACUAUAUCGUGGGUCGCUACAGAGCUGCUGGCAAUAUGAUGGGUAGCUUUGGGAGAAAUGUCGCUCAGGGCUGCUUCGAUAAGAAUAGCUAUUGCAGAAACAAAGGGGAGCCUUGCGGCGGCAAUCCACCGUCCACGAAUGCACCACCACCACCACCACCGCCGUCAACGCCUGAGCCACCGGCGAUAUGCGUAGACAAUCACCAACAUUGUGAAUACUGGUCAAAGAAUAACUAUUGUAAAAGUCACGAAAACUAUAUGAGAAAGAAUUGCCAAAAAGCUUGCAAGUUCUGCACAGGAGGAGGAAGCGGAGGUAGUGGGGGUAGUGGCGGAAGUGGCGGAAGUGGUGGCAGUGGUGGCAGUGGUGAAGGCAGUUCUUACGCUCAAGAAGGUUUAARCAAACAUAACGAAUACCGUCGCAUCCACAAUGCUCCUGCUAUGACGCUUAAUUCUCAGAUGACACGYGAAGCCGAAGCUUAUGCUGCAAAAUUGGCUCAAAUGGGAUCUCUACAGCAUUCAAACAGCAGGGAUGGUGAAAACCUCGCCAUGUCAUGUGGGAGGCCGUUAACUGCUUCAGCAGCCACUGAAAUGUGGUACAAAGAGGUUUGUGACUACAACUUCAGCAGCGGAGGCUUCAGUGGACGAACCGGUCAUUUCACGCAAGUGGUCUGGAAAGGAAGCACAGAACUUGGUAUUGGCAAGGCUUCAAGAGGUCGAUGCACCUAUGUAGUAGGUCGCUAUCGUCGUGCAGGCAACUAUCGAGGGCAGUAUCGACAGAACGUAGAGAGAGGAAACUUCGAUAAAGGAAGUUACUGCAAGGGAGGCAGUGGAGGCGGUGGAGGAGGUGGAGGYGGAGGAGGAUGGUGGAGUGGAAAACGUCGUUGAAUUCGAAGGAAUAAUAUUUCUGACCACAGUACUCACCUGGUGACUUUGUAUUUUAUGUGUCGYCAAAAGACAUUGUAUAUCAAGUGAUCAAAGAAUGAAAAAUAAAUUUGCCGUCAAUAUU